AUGCAGUCUCGAUGCCUCCAGCAAAUGUCCCCAUCUGCGGCAAAAGCCACGGGUCAUUCGGUGUCGACGACUGAUUACACGAACGCGACAGCAGGGAAGUUUAGCGAGUGUUUAUUUGAACAGCGGGAACCCGGAGAGAGCGGGCAAGGGCGAAAACUGAGUAGAAGGAGUGAUGUUACAGGACAGCAGUGGCAUCAACACCAACAGCAUUACAGGAAUGCGCUUUCUCUGGAAAGCGUUCCCGUGGGAUGGGCCAGCAGUAAUAACUCGGGAGCCGCGGGAGCAUCUUCAUUUUCCGCUUCUGGUACGGACUCGCCGUCCUUUUCAGAUCCGGGGAAACGUCUGGUGAACCGAUUCCUGCAGUCAGGGACCACUGGUGUGGACGGCGGUGGUUGUGGUGGUCUGCUGCCGCCGCAUAAUGCAGUGGGUGCGGGGGCGAGUUUUUCAGCAGUAGCAGGUACUACUGCCAGUACAGCAUCUUCACGAGUAUCUUCUACGGACUCAUGGGGCUGGGUUCCCAUGGAAAGAUCUUUGGGCCGGAUAUGGUUGCAUGGUUUAGUGUCGCGGAGUUUGGGGACGUGGGUUCCUGCAGGGAGGGAGGCUGCUGUGGCGGUAGCGGCAGAAGAGGAGCCGCUGCUGCUGCCGCCCGUGGGCGGCAGCAGCGUACGCAGCCGCUCGACGGGGAAUACUGAUGGUGUUUGCAAUGCGUAUGCGAAGACUGUGGCAGAACUUUUGGCUAAUUUAGCUUCAGCGGCAAAGGCGGAGCUCACCUCUGCGGUGCUGCCUCGGGAAGAGGUGGUUGCGUCGUCAGAAGAAGCUCUGAGUAGGUUGCAUGCUGAUAUUGGACAUGUGCAUGAUACUUUGAAGGAGAUGGAACGGCAGGUGUUGGUAGAGCGUUUGGGACCUCUGAGGAGGGAGUUUCAGGACGGUGGUGGCGACGGUGGCAAUGCGGUUACUCCACGUGACUCCUUUGGCGGGCGGCUGUCAGAACUGGUGGAGGGCCAGUUAGGCGAACUUCUAAAGUUUGAGAACGGUAUUGAGGAGCUCAGGAUAGCGUUAGAUGCUCAGAAGGCCUUGUUGCAUAGAUUGGAGACCGCAGUUAAGCUGAGGGAGAGAGUCAACGAUAUGCGACGGAAGGCGGGUUUCUCAGCGCGAGUUAAAGACUGUGAAGGCAUUUUAUAUGAUAUUGCAGCAGCAUUUAUUGGUGUAAUUUUAUGGUGGCUGUUGAGAUUAUAA